AUGUCUAUUGUUGUCCAUGUGGAGCUAGAACAGAAUGAUAAGACCCAUCAGACGUCGCCCAUGAUCUUGAAGGUGUACGACCGCCAAUUCUCCCCCGAAUUGCGUGAGUUCAAGGACGCGGGACCGGCGACUACAGUAAGCGAAGAUGCGUUCACUGCGUUUGCGAGGGAAGGAUUCAUGCCUCAAUUUCUAGCGGACUAUGAGGAGAACGGACCAUACGCAUAUGACGAAUGGGACGUGUCGAAACAGGAGGCGUACUUCUACGCUCGGUCAACGUUGAGCCAUGAGAUUGAGCUCGAGGUCUACGAGCGACUUGUCGACAUGCAAGGCGUGCAUGUUCCAACAGUAUUUGCAGAUGUUCGAUUGGAUCCACAAAACGGCACAGUGGAGCAAGAAGAAAGCGCAAGCGAAUAUACCGAAAUCAGAGCCAUCCUCAUGGAGUACAUCCCCGGCUUCGCUCUCAAGGACAUCGUGACCAAACUGCCAGAGUCAGAUUGGGCGCCCGUCUGUGACCAAGCGAUCGAGGUGAUCAGAAGAAUCGCCGACCACGACUUCAUCAAUUUUGACAUCAAGACGAGAAAUAUCAUGGUCCGCCCCGCAGAGGACGGCACUUAUCAGAUCUUCUACUUGGACUUUGGCGAAUGUCGUUUUCGGGACCCCUCGGAUUCUGAUGAAGUUUGGCGGGAGCGUAAGCGCCAGAAGAAUGAAGAGGGAGCCGUGGGAUACAUUAUGAUGAAUCAUAUCUCCUAUGCAAAAGGGAAGAAGGGGAAGAAGUAUAAAGGCGUGCUUCCUCUUCCUUGGGAAUAUACGCCUUCUUCGCGCUUUGAGGGAGAGGCUAUUGAGCUUUACACUGGUGCUGGUUAG